GGAAGAUGCUCAUUAGCAAACAAAACCGUAGAGCAAUUCUCGAAAACCUUUUCAAGGAAGGUGUUGUCGUCGCUCAAAAGGACUUCGAGAUCAAGCACGAUGAGAUCAACGUACCAAACCUUGAAGUCAUCAAGUUAAUGCAAUCAUUGACUUCAAAGGGUUACGUUAAGACUCAAUUCUCAUGGCAAUGGUACUACUACACUCUCACCCCAGAAGGUUUAGACUACCUUAGAGAGUACCUCCACCUUCCAUCUGAGAUUGUUCCAAACACUCACCGUAAAGCCCAAAGACCAUCAAGACCUGCACAAGUCAGACAACAAGGUGAAGGCUUCAGAUCAGGUAGAGAUGACCGUGACUCUUACCGUCGCGCUGAUGCUAAGGAAGGUGCUGACGCUGGUUACCGUCCACGUUUCGGCGGCGUUGGUCGUGGUGCUCCACGUGCUUAAAUUUAAGUACAAUUGUUGUCGAUUUAAUCAGUUUGUAAAUUUUAUUUACAUACUAAAUGAAAAA